ACAGUGUAGAAGGGAGUAGCUUGGAGUCUUUGUGUCUCUCACGUUGUUUUUUUCCUAAAAUAGGGGCUGGCACAAUGAAGAUUCCAGUGAAGAUUGAGCCAACCAUACCAGAUCUCUUAGAAUAUAAGCUUGACUAUACUCCUGACCUACGGUGUGAGAAGCAAACAGACUUGGUUCCUGUUUGCCAAAGCUGCAAAUCUUGCAUCUUGUCCUGGAAGAUUUUUGCUACCCAAGAAUGGUUCAUGAGAGCCAGCUCUGCUACUCGGAGACAAUUUGUUGUGGGAAUCAUAAAAAGGUUCAAAAAUCAGGAUCUGCUGAAAUAUACUUGGAACCUUUUGAAGUCCAUCUACAGCAAGGACUUCAUUUACAGCCGUUCUUCCAUCACUUCCAGUUUCCAAACAUCUUCCACCUUGGAUCGGGCACUGAAUCUACAGACACUGAAGCAAUCCAUGUCAGACCUCUGGAAGUGGUUCUGUAAUGCCAGUUUCUGGACUAAAGCAAACUACAUACUGCUCUUGAUGCAGAUGUGUGAUUCAGAGUUGCUGCUUAUGGCUGCCAGCCUAAUCCGUGUCCUCUUGGCCAAAGAUGUGAAGAUCUCCUCCAAAACUUUGACAAUCGAUGAGGGUAAAGCCAAAGAAGAAGAGCAGGAGAAAUCUGUUUCCCAUGAUCCGAAUGAUCUUCCAUCUCACUCUACGGGUAGUUCUUCAGCAUCUGGAAGCUUUCUUUCUUCAGAGAAGACCAGCCUAUUUGGCUGUCCACGUGUGAAAAGGGUUUGGUCAAACAACUUCAAUCUAUCAUUUGGAGAUACGCCUGAGAGUGAGGAUAAAAUCAGCCACUGGUUGGUCUCAUCAGAUGUUAAUAAUUGGCCUCCUUCUUCCCAAAAAGUUAUCAUAUGCAUAGACUUCAUUCGCUGCCUGCCUAUCCAGCUGUCCAAGCACAUUUUAAGAAUGUUGGACCCAAGGUCACUUACCCAGUGUUCCUAUGUGAGUCCACACUGGGCCUUCCUGGUCAAAGAGAUUAGGAAGGACAUUACAGUCCAUCGUGCUCUCCGAACUGAGAUUAUCUUCUUUCAGGGAUCAUGUCCUAAAGGAGCAAUUGCCAACUAUGCCAGAGUGGUCAAGGUUGCCAUUCCUCAGAUAAAUGAAGAUGGUGAAAUUAUUCCAGUGCUAGGACGUAAGGAAAAGCUCCCACUUCAGGAGACUGAAUACAUGCAAAAAGCUUAUCAUGGCCAGCUAACGGAUAAUGUCAUGCUGGAAGAGAGGAAUGUCUUCUGUAGCAGCUACAAUGUACGUGUUCUAAUAGAAAGUGAGGAUCCAGGUAGAGUGAUCCACUACAGUGGUGGAAAUCUGGUGGCCUUUGGUUCUGUGGACCGCAAAAUUCAUUUUCUGGAUGUGAAUGAAGUGAAGGAAGUUCAUCCUCUACUUUUUGGCCAUGCUGGUAGGAUCCAUGCCAUAUACUUCAAUGAACAGAAAGGCCUCCUUCUAAGUGGAAGCUAUGAUCUUAGUAUCAGGAUGUGGAAUAUCAACACUGGAGAAUGUGUGAAAAUUUUUAAUGGUCACACAGGGACCAUCAUUUGCUUGAAUUUGCACAAGAACAAAUUUGUUUCUGGAGCAAAAGACUGCACUGCAAAAAUGUGGGAUAUAGAGACUGGGAAAUGUAUUAGGACCUUCAGGCACAAAGGUAUUGUUUGGGCUGUUAAAAUGAAUGACAUUCAUGUUGUGAGUUCCUGUGACAGAGGCCUGGUGAAAGUAUGGAAUGUUGAAACAUGUAUACUGAUCAAGACUUUAGAAGGACACCUAGGCCCUGUGAGGUGCCUGUCUUUUGAUAGCUGGCAUCUUGUAACAGGAAGUAAUGAUGGCUAUGUCUUGGGAUGGAGCAUGGUAGGAAAACACAAACGAUGUCUAAUGGCUUUCCGACACCCCAUGGAAGUACUUUAUCUGGGAUUUCUCUAUCUCAGAGUCAUCAGUGGUUGUGCUGAUGGGAAGAUACGUAUAUUUAACUUCCUUACUGGGGCCUGUCUGCGGGUUAUGAGAGCCAAUAGUAGAGGUGACCCAGUGGUGUCCUUCUGUAUUGUUGAAAACAGACUGUUAAUCAAUGCACAAGGCACUGUUGUUUUGUUCCAGUUUGAGAAGGUGGAGUGGGACUAUACACUGGGUACCGACCGAGUUAUUAAAAAAAAAGAUAAGUGCAAAGUUGAUGAUGCACCACUCAGAAUAAAGCCAUCUCCACAUUCACUCCCAGAGUGGAAGAAACAAGCCAAAAAGAAGAACUGGAAGCUUUACAAGCCUGAGGACACACUGCUUUCUUACUAUAUCACUCAUGAGCCCACAGGAAGCCCCAGUGAUAUUCCAGACCUUUGUUAUGAAAUGGUGAAGGCAGGUCAGUCCAGGACCAAGAAUCUAAGAUCCCGGGACAUUCUACAAAAUGAGAGAAAGAGGCUCUUUUAUCAUGCCAAGACAGAGAAGCAGAAAAACAACUUGAAGGAUUCUGAAUCUGUUUCAACUUUGAAAGGUUGUUUUGAUGAUGAAUCAGGACACAGGACUGCAGUCUCUUCCAGCUCUUUUCUUGUCCAUAAUUCUGUGGCUCUGCUAAAAUACCUGAAGAAGCGGACUGCUUGUGGCCCCAUAGCUAAAGACCAAGUACUGCUCACAAUCAGCACAAUGCAUCACGCCUGCAAGGCUGACCAUGUCACUGCCAACAUGGCAUUCAAUGUGAAAAUCAGAAAUGCCUGGGGGCCUACCCAACUCCAGAAAGCCCAGCUCAAGAAGUCUCUGGCUCCCAAAAGCUCAAAGUCACAAGACAUGGAUCCAUCUACUCAGCUGCAACAGCUGAAGACUACAGGUGGCACUCUAGGUAUCAACAAGAUUUCCAUCCCCUACGAAACUAAAACACUGCAGCUCAACUUAAAGAACUCCCUGCUUGGGGAUAAUGUGCAGUCUUUCAUUCCUGCUCCUUCUGUUACACAUUCAAAGUCAUGCAGUAGCUUGGUAGGAAAGAAAAAGACACAUUCUGGCCAUGCCAGAAUAUCAUCUCCAUCAGUAGGUGGGCAGCCACUAAUUGGGUUCUUUACAAGCUCCAAUGAAGCCCUCAAAGUACCUCGAAUGAAGAUUGCCCAACCUGAUGUCGAAGUAGUCUCACAUCCAAAAAAACAUGCCUAUACCUACAUACCAAACCCAUAUCGGCUCAAUGUUGGAUUCAGGCUGUUGGCACCACAACAAAUGAAAGAGUAUGAAGAAGCUAAGGUAUUUGAGUACCAAGCCAAUCAGACAAAAGUUAUAGCAGACCGACAAAAAGAGUGCAAGCUUGCCUGGUUAAGGAAAAUUAAAGGUCUUCCAAUAGAUGGUUUCACUGAGGGCAAAACUGCUGCCCCUGAACUUGGACAGAAUGUUUUCAUCUGAACUCAGCUUUUCAAA